GUGGAAAAUGUCACCUGAUUCACACUGAACUUUUUAAAUCUCCCCACCCCCGAGCAGACACACACACACAUUAGGAGACCGCCCACCGCAGACAGCUAAGACCCCCGUAUAGAUUUAAAGAGAGACUGCAUUCAGAGCCUGACGUUCAUUCAAUAGAGCGAUCAUAAGCAGGCUAGCUGGUGCUCGCUCCGUCUCCCUACUCCCCUUCACGCUGUUCCUGUGUCUCUCUCACUCCCUGCUACGUUGAGGAUGUUAAAUCAGAGGAUCCACCCGGGCAUGCUCGUACUCCUGAUGUUUCUCUACCACUUUAUGGAGGAUCACACAGCGCAGGCUGGGAACUGCUGGCUCCGGCAGGCGCGGAACGGCCGCUGCCAGGUCCUCUACAAGACCGACCUCAGCAAAGAGGAGUGCUGCAAGAGCGGCCGCCUGACGACCUCGUGGACGGAGGAGGACGUCAACGACAACACGCUCUUUAAGUGGAUGAUUUUUAAUGGGGGAGCCCCUAACUGCAUCCCGUGCAAAGAAACAUGUGAGAACGUGGACUGUGGACCUGGGAAGAAAUGUAAAAUGAACAAGAAGAACAAACCUCGGUGUGUUUGUGCUCCGGAUUGCUCUAAUAUCACUUGGAAGGGCCCUGUGUGUGGCUUAGAUGGGAAAACCUACAGGAACGAGUGUGCCCUUCUCAAAGCCAGAUGUAAAGAACAGCCUGAACUUGAAGUCCAAUAUCAGGGCAAGUGCAAAAAGACCUGUAGGGAUGUUUUAUGCCCAGGCAGCUCCACGUGUGUGGUGGAUCAAACUAAUAAUGCCUACUGUGUGACAUGCAAUCGCAUUUGCCCUGAGCCUACCUCCCCUGAGCAGUAUCUCUGUGGAAAUGAUGGCAUAACUUAUGCCAGUGCCUGCCACCUGAGAAAAGCGACCUGCCUGCUGGGCAGAUCCAUUGGAUUAGCCUACGAGGGAAAAUGCAUCAAAGCGAAGUCCUGUGAAGAUAUUCAGUGCAGUGCUGGGAAGAAAUGCUUGUGGGAUUUUAAGGUUGGCAGAGGUCGAUGUGCCCUCUGUGAUGAGCUCUGCCCUGAAAGCAAGUCAGACGAGGCAGUCUGUGCCAGUGAUAACACGACUUAUCCGAGCGAGUGUGCCAUGAAAGAAGCAGCCUGCUCCAUGGGCAUGCUUCUAGAAGUAAAGCACUCUGGAUCUUGCAACUCCAUUAAUGAAGACCCAGAGGAAGAAGAGGAAGAUGAAGACCAGGACUACAGCUUUCCUAUAUCUUCCAUUCUAGAGUGGUAAAACUUCCAUCACUAUUGGGACAGCCAGUGGGCAUGAAAUCAAUGUCCAUACUGUAAAUAAGUGUAUGCUUAUUUAUUUUGGGGAGGAGAAAAAAAAAAAAAGUAUACAUAUAGUUGAGUCUCGUAGACAUUUAUUUAUACUGUGUCAUGUUUUAUAAUUUAUACAUAAAAUGUCUGGUUGACUGUACACCUUGUUUUUUGAAGAAGUUUAUUCGUUACGGGAAGAGCAGUGUUAUUUAUUGUGAGGUCUCUUGCUUGUAAAGUAAAGCUUUUCUUUUUUCUUGUGAACUAUGAAAGUCCAUUCCUUAAAACUUACCUAAAAAGAUGGUUUCAUCUUUUUGUUUUAUUGGGGUUAUCUUUUUUCCACUUUAAAAAACUUUGCAUGUUGGUUUCUGUUAUGUUUAUUUAUUGGAUUUUCUUCUUGCCGGUUCUGUACAUAAAAGAUCCCUCGGGUUUUUGUUUACAAGGAAUCUUGACUGACCAAAAGGCAUUGUAACUGACUUAAAUAUACUUCCAGGGUGCAGUGAGGCGAUCUUUAAGGAAACUUCUCCCACUUCACUUUUCUCUGCUUCUGAUCACAUCAUGUCCUGAUGCGAUCUCAAUGUGUUCAGCAUAUAUACUGUACUAUAAGAAUUCCAGACCCAAAGAAAUCGGAUUAUGAAGGUUGUUAAUAGCUACAGAGCUCACUGUAAUAAGAAUAAGGGUUUUAUUUUAUUUUUAUUCUUCUCUUUUGUAACAUGCGUGUUUAUCAGGUGUUUCCUUUAAGAUGGUCUUGCAGUACAACCUUCAAAGUUUUGUUUUGCCAAUCAGCGUGUCACUAAAAGUUAUAUCAAAGCUUUAUCAGUUCAAGUUUCUUGCUUUUCAUAAUAGUUUUUUUUUUUUUUCUGAUGCAAUUUUAUAUUUUCAAACAUGGCGAGUUAAAUAUAAAUUCAUUUAAAUAUAUAGUUUUGUACUUUUCUACCAUGUAAAUGUGCAAUGUAUAUAAAAGUUAUAAUGUGUAUUUGUAAAUAAAUGAUGAGUGAAAAAAUAAAAAAAAUGGAAUUUUCCCUAGA